AUGCCACGGAGCAUGUUUAAACUGGAGGGGAACCCGAGCUCAGCGGCUCCCGUGGAGAAUGAGUUUGUGUUUGGCUUCCCAACGUCUAUCUGUGACGUGGUUCCUGGGGAGAAAUAUCUCUGCUGUAGCUGCAAGAAUGUUCUAAAGAAAGCGCAGCAAACACUGUGUGGCCACAGAUACUGCACUCCUUGUCUAGCGUGGAUAGUAAGAAAUCACGACUUGUGCCCAAAAUGUAAAGCAGAUGAUCCUGCCACUUUAAGCGAGGACAGUCAGUUGAAGGAAGAGCGGGCUUUUAGUGAUGCAGCGAUUAAUAAGGAAAUUUCAGAACUCAAAGUUCACUGUGUGAUCCCAGGAUGCAACUGGAGGGGGCUCAUGAGAGAGUACGAGGAGCACGAGAGCCUGUGCAACUACACCUUGAUACCCUGUCACACCGGCUGUGGGCACCGGAUCAUACGGAAGCAACUGGCCGAUCACCUGGAAAGCGAAUGCCCCAAUAACACUAUUAAGUGCCCCAAAUGCACCCAGCACUUUUCCACUAACGAGUUUCCAAAACACAAAUGCGAUAAGAGCCCCACAGAUGACCAAAGCCACAGAAAAACCGAACACCUGGCGAAAGGAAAGGGUCAGAAUGGAAAUGCUUAUUCCAAGAAGGAUAAAUGUAAUUUUUCUGCACUUGGCUGCUCGUUUGUGGGGAGCAGAGAAAAGCUCAAGGAUCACCAUAAGGCCUCCGCCGCAGCCCAUCUAUCUUUGGUGUGUCCGCUCAUAUUCAAAAUAAAGGAUAACUUAUCCAGCUUGGAAGGGAAGAAAAAUGGGUUCUACGUAGACUCUACAGAUGUAUCAGUCCAGAAGAACCCUUUAGCUCUCCAGACCGGGGAUAGUAGACAGGGAAACGGAGAACUCGAGGUGGACUGUGGCCAUGGUGAGGGUCAGACAUGUGAUAACUCAGUGCACAGACUCUCGCUCCUGGAAACUCGCCUGCAGGUAUUCGAGAAUAUCAUAUCUGUGCUCAGCAAAGAGAUCGAUAGCUCCUCUGCCCAGUUGGCUGCCGUUCAAGAGCAGAAGGCUGAAGAACAAAAAAAGGUGAAAGCCUUGGAACAGAAGGUUGAAAGCUUGCGGUGCACAUUGGCCAUGAAGGACAUUGCCCUGAAUGAGCUGGAGAUGCGCUUUUCGUGUUUGGAGCAAACCUCAUACGAUGGAGUCUUUUUAUGGAAAAUCUCAGACCUGACCCAAAAAUGUCGUGAUGCCGUCAGUGGAAGAGCGACCAGUCUUUAUUCCCCAGCUUUCUACACGGCCAAAUAUGGCUACAGAGUGUGCCUCCGUAUUUAUCUGAAUGGAGACGGAGCGGGGAAGGGAACUCACGUCUCUCUGUUUUUUGCGGUCAUGAAAGGGGAAUAUGAUGCCCUUCUACCUUGGCCCUUCAAACAUAAGGUCACCUUUGUCCUUGUGGACCACAACAACCGAGACAGUGUGUUCGACGCCUUCCGUCCGGACGUCACCUCCGCCUCGUUCCAGCGUCCCAUCAACGACAUGAACGUGGCCAGCGGCUGCCCCUUAUUUUGUCCCAUCGCCAAACUGAACUCCUCCAAAUACGCCUACAUCAGAGAGAACACCCUGUACAUUCGAUGUAUCAUUGACACUAAUUCCUAAAGGUGGCAUCACUAAUGGAGAGAAUGAGCAGUUCUGUGACUGACUUAUGCAUGGUGGCAGUUGCGAAGCUGUCAUAGCCCAGAACCCUUGAACUAAAUAAGCCACAAUGACCCCAGAACCAACUUUAAGGUGGUCCACUCUGCUAAAGAUCUUAGUAUUUGCCUACACUGGGUAUUGACUUCCACUUUCAGCCAUACAAUGCACAUUGUUUCAUGGGUCAGCUGGCCGGGGGUCUUUUGGCCCCUAGAGUAUCCGCCUCCCUAGAGGGGGUGUUUGGGCCCCUGGGGUAGCAGCUACCCCAGUCUGAUCACGUCUCCUCCUAUACCGUGGUGUCUCUGGUGAGGGGCGGCAGGCUUUGGUGUAGUAGUUCCUCCUCUGAGCAAGAAACUCUUUACCUUUUGUACUGAUCAAUAUUUGUAUGGAUAUAUAUGUGUGGUGUGAAAACACCCACUGAUUAUAAUAUAGUGAAUAAAGUACCCCCUCUUGUAAAAUAUAAGGAUAUUAUUAGUUACCGAGGAGUUUCA